CAAUUCUCUCUCUCUCUGGCUCUCACGUUGUUAACUUGACAGUCUGCAGUUUCUAUUUUUUAUCAAUUUAACUACUAUUCAAAAGCUUUUUGUUGGUUGAAAUACAUGUGUUUUUGAUGAAUAAUCAACUUUAUUGAUCACUGUGAUCUUAUUUGACUGGAGUUGAGGUCCAUGAGAUUAGUCAGUGUUGGAACACCUGUGACAGCUGUGUAUAAACUGACGUCUGUCAACCCUCUGACGUCUGUCUACCUUGCAUAACUGAUGCCCACUUUGUAGACAGUGCUGGUAGGUUAGAGUCAUGGUGGUUCUCUCUGCACGGAAACAACUGUCGAAGACGAGACUUGUCGUUGAUGAGUUGGUGAAGCCAGCGGUCAGUGUCAUUGUCCAGUAUGUGGCUCGCAUUGUCCCGGAGCCGGUGUUCGCUGUCCUGGUGCAGCUGGUGGAGUUGCUGGCCCUUCUGCUCUGGCCGAUCCUGGCACUCAUGCCUCAGACUCAAGACGAGAAGGUUGAGGCUGUUGUGAGACCACUGAUCCUGAAAGAUGAAGACUACGAGACAGUCAUGGACAAAAUGUUGCACAGCUUCAACCAAGGCCUGGGCAAGGACACCAAUGCUGACGCCAAGGUCAAGAUGUUCCAGACCUAUGUUCGAUCAGUGCCUGACGGAACAGAGCAGGGUGAGUUCCUGGCACUGGACCUGGGAGGCACCAACUUCCGGGUGCUGCUCAUCUCCCUGAAGGGGCAGGAAGUGAACAUGGAGAGCAAGAUCUACCUGAUCCCCCAGCAGAUCAUGCUCGGGACUGGCACACAGCUGUUUGACCAUAUAGCUGACUGCAUCUUCAAGUUCAUGAAGGAGCACCAGCUCCUGAACAAGCCCCUCCCCCUGGGGUUCACCUUCUCCUUCCCCUGCCGCCAGGUGGGCCUGGCCCACGCCAUUCUCACCACCUGGACCAAGGGCUUCAAGUGUGAGGGGGUGGAGGGCAACGAUAUAGUCCAGCUGCUCCAUGAAGCCAUCAAGAGACGUGGGGAUAUAGAUGUGGAAUGUCUAGCUGUGAUAAACGACACUGUGGGAGCCCUGAUGUCCUGUGCCCACAGUGAGCGGUCUUGUGCAAUUGGUCUUAUUCUUGGCACUGGAACCAAUGCGUGCUACAUAGAAAAGCUGGAGAACUGUGGACUCUGGGAUUCCGAUUACGACGACCCUAAGGAAGUUAUCGUCAACACUGAAUGGGGAGCAUUUGGAGAUGACGGUGCACUGGAUUUCCUGAUGACUGAUUAUGACCGUCUGGUGGACAAGCAUUCCAUCAAUAGUGGCAAACAGAUAUACGAGAAGAUGAUCUCGGGGAUGUACAUGGGGGAGAUAGCUCGGCUGGUCCUCGAGCGACUUCGCAAAAAUGGAUUACUGUUCAGAGGUCGCGGCUCGGAGGAACUCUCCACAAGGGGGCGCUUCUACACAAAAUAUGUAUCUGAAAUUGAGAGUGAUGUAGAUGACGGCUUCAAGAACACAAAGCAGGUGUUUGAUGAGCUGAACAUUGAAGAAUUCACGGAAGAUGACUGUCGCAUAGCCCAGUAUGUCUGCCAGGCAGUGUCUACUAGAGCCGCAUACCUAGCCUCCGCUGGUAUCGCAUGUCUUCUGAACAAGAUGGGACGUCCCGAGGUUGUUGUGGGUGUGGACGGGUCACUCUACCGCUUCCACCCUCACUUCCAUGAUCUCAUGAUGGAAAAAGUACAGAAGCUGGCUCCAGAUGUCAGAUUCAAGCUUAUGUUGUCCCAUGACGGGAGCGGGAAGGGUGCAGCCUUGGUUGCCGCGGUAGCCAACAGACUUCGCGAUGAGAAGGCGAAACGGAUUGCUGAUGGUGUGACAGGCCUCACGCUACAGGAUUAAUGUUAUGGGAACUUAGGACUUAAUUUGUGAUGUUGUUCCAGACUGUGAGUGCUGGAUGUACCGCUUCUAACGGACCAUCUGUAUAUUCACUAAACCUAGGAGGCACUGAUACAGACACUUGGCUUUCCAACUGUGUGGAGUGUAGAGAACGACACUAUUUCUUCACAAGAAGUGACAGACUACACUGCAAGAACAACGUCAGGAUACAUGUAGUGUCAAUUGAUGUCACAUCUUUAUGGACGACCAACGCUAGCCUUCAACUGUUUAGAUGGGCUGUGAAAGGGUAGUUUUGAUAGAACCAUUCGCUGGUGAUCGUUUUAAUGAUGUUGGCUACACAUCUGGUUUGAUGGUUCCUAGUUGUAGCCUUGAGGGUUAUGUUCGACUCUGCGGUGUGUGCAUGUGUGCUUGGCCAAUAUAGAUGGGCUGGUAAAACUAGUGCCAAUGGGAGAUCUAUGUUUGAAUGGCUUGGACAUGUACUUGGGAUAUAAUAUGUUGAAAGGGAUCAUAUUGUGAUUAUCAGUUAUAAGACAGUCGCUUUGACAGGGGCUGUAUUGCAAGCAGUGACUUUGAGUGUUUACAUGAAAGCCAACCUUUGUUUAUGACUGAGCAUUGAAACACAUAAUUUAUGGUGUAAAUUUAGGUUGUAUUCUGCGAUGCCACUCUUGUACGUUGGAACUGUUUUAUGCUGGAGCUCCUCCAACUGGGGCCACCUCUCGAUGGCAUCGGGUGAACUCAGUCACUUGAUGGAUAUACAGACAGGUGGUUGGUACGACGUUGUUGUUGUUGUUUGUUGUUACUGUUGCCACCAGUUGUUGUGUUUUUGUUUAGGGUGUACUUGCACAGCUCAACCAAUGUGCUGCUUUCCUUUCACAGAGUAGAAUGUUCUUCUUCACUGGGUAGAGCGUACCUUUUCACUGAAUAGAGCGUUCUUCUGCAGUGGCUAGAGCAUUCUGUUUCACUGAUUAGAGCGUUCUCCCUCACUGAAUAGAGCGUUCUCCCUCACUGAAUAGAGUGUUCUUCUGCAGUGGGUAGAGCAUUCUGUCUCACUGAAUAGAGAGUUCUCCCUCACUGAAUAGAGCGUUCUCCCUCACUGAAUAGAGUGUUCUUCCGCAGUGGGUAGAUGUUCCUCCUCACUGGGUAGUAAUUCGACCAGAUCUUGUACAUAUCAAAAGUAAUAGCCAAGUGGGGUCUAGUUACCAUACUUACACAUGCAGAGGGAGAUGUCUGUUUGGCUGAAAAUGGUUUUACUAUUUGUGGGUGAAGUCAGAAUGAGGCGUACUAAGCAAGAUAUAUCUCCAAGGGACACUGUUGGCAUUUGUCACUUGUUUUAGUGGAAACUUGUCAUACAGUUGUCGAGUCUUGUGUAUCAUGAUAAAUGCAUUCAAUGGAUCUGAGAAGUUGACCCAGAUAAUUCUCCACUGUCAUUUCAAGAUACAUUUCAUAUGUUGGAGUUGUCUCCCUUUAACUACUCUGACAAGAACUUACCGUGCAUUUUAUGCUUACAGGGCAAAAUGUGACUUGUUUUGUUUGCAGUAGAUGAGGGAGUUAGUGGAUGGUGUGAAAUGAGGUGCUUUCUGACUGAUCACAUGGACAAACAAAAGAAACCAUUAUGGAAAAUUGGUGGAUUGAAAGUUACCUCCCUUGCCCCCAAUGGCAGAAUUGUCCUUGGUUUUUAUUUCCACAAAGUGUCAUGUUUAUGUGUUCCGCAUCAUGGAAAGGUAUUGUUUGAUGUAUCUUGCUUGGUACACUGUUAGUAAGUGUUGAUACCUGUACAGUCAGUGGAGGUCCAGAGAAUAUACUUGUAUUGUAGAGUAGUAGCUGGGGAAAUAGUAUCUGACAGAAUGUCAGGGACGCUUCUGUCACUCAUCACCUGUAACAUUCAACCACAUCUCGGAGCAUUCACAGGUUUUAUCAAGACAUCCUAGCAGCUCAUUAGCUUCAGAAUCUCAUAAUAAUUGUCAUUCCAAGAGAACAACUAGACGGAUGGUGUCAGAAACAUGGAUACAUCUCAUCAUGAUUAUUUGUGUAUUGUUAGGACGCGAAAACCGAAGCUAGUCAUCGUGAGCAUUAUGAAUCAGAUUAAUGAAUAAGGAGAAUUGUUGAAUUUUAAAUACUCAUGGAAAUUUUCAAGUUUGAAGAUCUUGUGGUUGAAGUACUAGAGACUUGUUUGUAUUGAUCUCAUUCUCCAGGCUGUGAUCUGAGAUUGUUAAACUCUCUAGAUCCUGAACUGCAUAUUGUCAAUGUACAUGGCACUAGCUUACUAUCAAACAGCCUUGCUCGAAGGCUGUACUGCAAGAAAAGUCCAUGGAUGUGUAGCAAUCUUCCUAAUAGGCAAGUCUAGAUAUGUGGACGGUACAAGGACUCCAGUCUCUUAUAGGGACAACUUGUUCUUAUUAUUUACAUAAGCUAGAAAUUAUGAUUUAAACUAAUAGUUAUUGCCUUAGAGGCUUGUGCAAGUCUAACGAUCAAACAUCUGAUGCAGAUUCAAAAUACAAGCAGGCUCACUGUUAUUUAUAAGCCCCCUGACCCCUGUUUUGCUUAUUGGACAUAUGUAAAAAAAAAGCUUCAAAUGACCCCUACAACCAAUGAAAACACAGUUCCUUGCCUUGAUGUGAUUGGACUGCUGGUAAUAUUUCCCUAAAACCCAACUCCCUCACUGACUUACAUCUCUGACUCGUUCAGGGUUUCACAGGACACAAAAUAUUGCGUCUUUACAAAUUACACUUUUAAACGGAGACUGAACACAAUUAAUUCACGUUGCGAGUAAUUGGGGACAGAAUUAGUAUUUGUUUAUAUAAUUGUUUAUAGAAAGAUUAAAGCAUUGAUGUCAUAUUGCUGCUAUUUCUAUCCUAGUGAGAAACACACUCAGUCUUGUGAAUUUCAGUGGUGGAAUUUUGUCAAUCGAACAUUGAUCUCUCCAUCUAUGAUAGGCUAAAGCAGUCUUCUUGGAAAUCAGUGGAACCGAGCCACGUGUCGCAAGUCUUGGACCUCCAAGUUGUUCCCUUGGACUUGAAAAAAUAUAUAGACCCAGAUAAUCCCAUGCUUUUUCAUAGCAAUUUGUGUUUCUAAUCUCCUAUGCUUUACCAGAGUCUUAUGAUAGUCAUAACCCCGGGAUAGCUGUGCAGAAUAACCCAGCGACCUUUGUAACCUUUUGUAUAUGUGCUAAGACUCUGUACGUAACAAACAUACACAAGCCAUUUAAAAAGGAUAUGGACACAUAGGUGCUAGCAGAGUUGUAUCCCUUAGCUGUUACAGGAUCUAAUUCAUUCGCAUUAUGACCCUUGGUUCGUUAGCUCCAUGCCAGUGUUCGUGGAUUUAUAUGACUUUCCUCCCACAUUAAGCUGACAGGCCUUAAUUUUACUGAAAUAAUGUGCGACCUUUACCCACCUCACUUACACUCACUGGAUCAAAGAUAACUUGUUGAUAGGGGGCCAGGCAAUUCCCUGUGAUGGUAAAUACUCGAUGUGAGAAGACUUUGGUUCAUGAGCACAAUGUAAUGAUUUGAAUUAAGUAAAUUUGACAUGUUAAUUUCACUGAGGCCAGUAUCUCAAAUAUUUAUGCUUUUGAUACUUUUUGAGAAUUUUUACCGAAGAAUUUACCUGUUUAAUCUUACACUUGAAUAUCAUCUAUAAAUAAUUUCUAAAAUUAUUUUACUGUUCUGUAGAACUUUGGUUUUGAAUCAGUGAUGGGUAAUUGACACUACCUGUGGUAAUUUAUGGUCAUAUCAAGCCUCAUGGUGUCUGCACUGGUACAUAUUACCAGGCAAUGUUAUGAUAAGAUAAACCGCAUAUUUCUAUUAGGGCUGGGACGAUACACCAACUAUCCGAUGCGUAUCGCGAUACCUUGCUCUUGAUACAAUACGUAUCACGAUACUUACAUGUGCUCUUAUCUGUACUGCAUAAGCCAUCUUUUUCAUAGACAGGAUGGCCAAAUACCUGGCACACUAAUGAUUUACAGUUGGCAGUGUCAAGUAUCGCGCAAUGGAUAAAAAUAUUUACAUUUUCACUACUCGUUUUCCCUUGUAAUUAGUGUUUGGUGUAACAUUAUUAAAGGUAAAAAUUGAUACUUUUUACAUAAUGUGCAACUGUGAUCAAUACUUCCAUUAAGAAGUAAAAAAUCGCGAUCUACCAAUGCAUCAGUGUAUCGUCCCGCUACUAAUUUCUAUUUUGUACACUUGUUUUAGGGUGACCACGACACAGUAGUCCAUGUAUAUAUGAAAUGCCGGCCGCUGUGUUACAGCUGUUUCCCAGUGAUUUGUAUAAUGUUAUUGUUUCAGUAUGCAGUUGUUAUACAGUCUGAACAACAGGGGUGAUGUGAUGUUGGGACUGUCUCAUAAGAUAUUGACAAGUCUUUGAAACGCAUUUAGAAGUGAUACACAUAAGGAAGAGAAUUUAUGGAAGUCAACUUCUUAUGAGGAACACAAGGUUUCCUUCACCAGAUGAAGGAGUAAGCAUAUACUCCGAAACGUUGUUCCUCAUAUUAAAGAAGUUGACAUCCAUAAAUUCUGUUCCUUAAGAUAUUAACAUAUAUCAUGUUUCAAAGGAUAUUUCCAUAUGGCUAGACCAAUUUCUGUUCAUGUUUUGUGGAGGGUUUUCUCUACAUUUUGUUAUAGCAAGAAAAAGUAAAAAAGUAUUUUGUUCAUUCCCAUUUUCAAAUAACUGUAUUAUUACAUUUAUUUUUACUUAAUGUAUGAACAACACUGACAUUGUUUAUUAUUUCUGAUAAUAACUUACAUUAUUUUCUUAGAUAAUGUGUAUAACAAAUACUUUUGGUUACGACCCUGUUCAACAAAGCUGUCUUAGCGCAAAGUAGAUCAUAACUCCCGUUCUUUAACACUGACCUACGGCAGUCGUAGCUCUAAGAUCGAUUUGUGAAACAGGACUGUUGUCUUUGAACAAUACUAAUGUUCAAGUAUGUUUAUUUUGAAUUGAAUCUGAUCCAAUCCGAAAAAUGUCAUGCCCAUGACCUUUUGAGACGGUCCCUCUCCUUGCCUUGUUUACUAUGCACACUCAACACUUAGGGUGCACCAUUAGUGAUCUCUGAAUGUGAUACAUGGGGAACAUAGUAUGUGUGGGUACAUAUGUGUGUGUGUAGGCAUGUGUGUGAGGUGUGAAUACAAGAUAAUUGUGUAUGUUAUCCUGCCCAUACUGAUGUGUACGGCAAUAGUUAUCUCUGCCUGUUAGUCUCCUCAAAACACUUUGCUUUUUGACACACUACCAUCCUGACCAAUAUUAUUGUAUUAUUAUAAGAUAAUUAUAUUGUAUUGUGAUGGCUAUUAUGUUAAGAGACUGACAAUUUCUCUGAAUGUUGUUAUAAUUGUUUUGUUGGCACACAAGGUAUGGUUAUAGUCUCUCUGGAGGAUGUCAUCAUGAAAGUGUUAGGAAAGUAGCAGUAAUGAGUCAGAUUUGCUGUGUAUCGUUUAGAGAAGAGAUAAAACCAAAAUUUCAAUUUCCAAUACAGAUGAAAUAUAUAUGUAUGAAGAUUAUGUACCAUUAGUUUAUUUAAGGGUGCAAGGUCAAACUUACAAGGUUUCAUGAGCUGAAUAUAUUGGGCAUAAAAGGAAAAUCCCAGUAUGAUUGUCAACUAUUAAAUUGCAAACGAUUUCCUUUGUAUUUAAUGCCAUGGAUUGAUGUAAAUGCUUGUCGUAAGAGACGAUUAAUGGGAUUGGGUGGUCAGACUUGGUUGAUGCAUGUCAUCGUAUUUCAAUUGUGUAGAUCGAUGCUCUUGAUUCCCCACAUGGGUACAAUGUGUGAAGACCAUUUCUGGAGUCCCCCUCCGUGAUAUUGCUGGAAUACAAAAAAACAAACAUACUCACUCACUCACUCUGCAGUGAACAAAGAAUAAUGGGUGAGUGCGUAUUGUUUACUAAAACAUACUUUGCUGGCAAAGAAAAACAGAUUUGUAGGUAAAAUAUUCAUCUUUUCUGAAAACGAAAAUGUAAAUAUGAUCAUGCACCUUUAAUGAUCAGGGUUAAAUCCAGCCAUUCCAGUCCUGACGUGAACCCCUUGACCUUACGUUAAAUGUACACAGUGACAUUGUACCCUAUUGUUUACAGUUUUAUUUUUACACACAGCUUUUUAGUGCUAACUAAGGGUCUAUUAUGUGUUAUCACCCAUGGUAAGUUAUUUUUGUUUUUUUAUUCAUUUUUUUGUAUCAUUUAUUAACAACAUUUAUUUACCAUCUAUAUUUAUUGGGGCUGGAAUACUGCCAUUAAGAUCAUAAAAAUAACAAUAAGACACUAAAACACAUGUGCAUUGUAAAUAUUAUAUUAAAGAUAAGUUUUAUUUACCAAUAUACUUUCAUUAUUUUGUACCAAGUAUUUGUAUUGUUAUUUUGAAACAUGUAAUUAUUUUGUUCAUUGUUUUGUGUUGCUAAGUCUGGUUAUUUGUGAAAAGUAAAGUCGGGUUUUAGGGAAGGGAAGGGUCUGGUCAACUUGACUCAUUCUUAGAUCAGGAUCGAUAGAUUGUCAUACAGAGAUUGUUACUGUUAUUUGCUGAGGCGUGAUACAACUAUUGUGCAUGUAUUAUAUAGAAAGAAUGGUGUUAAUCUUCCAGAUUUGUUGUAAAUAUAAUUGUAUAGACAAGUGAGUUUUAUUUACUGACAUUGGUUCAUUCACUUUAUUUCAGAAUUGUACAUAAAAUGUCAUGGUCUUUGUGUAUAGAUGGUGCAUUUCCAGUGUACAAGAACAUCAAAUUUGUAGUAGGAAGUAAAUUAUUUGGUGUUUUUGUAACAUAAAUAAACUGUUUCAGAGAAAUAGAUGUUUGUAAUGAAAACUACAUGUUAUUUUAGGGGUGAUGGGUACCUUUGUGGUUAAAGUGUUGCUUGUCAGACCCGAGUUCGAUUUCCCACAUGGGUAUAGUGUGAGAAACCCAUAUCUUGUAACGCUGUGGUAUAUCAGCGGUAGAAAUUAGCACUAGUCCUGCAGUCCUUGUGAAACUACCCAAUAGUUAAGGUAUCAGAAGGACUACUAGAAAUUUACCAUUUUUAAGGGUUUUGCUAUGUUACCAUUAUAAGGACUAGUGGACUAAAACUGUUAGUUUCUACCGCUGGGUAUUGCAGGAAUAUUGCUAAAAAUGGCAUUAAACCACCACAUUCACUCACUCACUCACUCACUCACAUUUGUCGUACAGACAGCCCCACAAGCACAAAGAACAAAACUAGCGGUUUAAGGAAUCUUUCAGUGGUUUACAAGUUGUACUUUGAAAGCAGGAAAACAAAUACUCAUGUUAGCAUCCACAAGUAAUUUUUAUCAGGACAUCCAGUAAAGUUCUUUCAACAAAAAGGAAAAAGAUUUUGGGUCAUAUUUUCAAGUUAUUAUUUUUAAUAUCUCAGACCCUGCUGAAUAAAAUAUCAAGAUCGCCACCAAAGAUGAAAUAGAUUCUCCCUCAGCACUUGACAGCAGGAUGAUCUUGUUCUUGAUUUAUUUAUCUUCUCCAUACAAUCAGCUAUUUGACACUGGUUUUGUCAUAAUGUGUUGCUGGUUUCAGUAUGGUUCAGUUUCACCAGGAUAUUCAACAGCUGUGGCUGUACAAGAAAGUGAUAGGCUGUACAAGAAAGUGAUAGGCUGUACAAGGAAGUGAUAGGUUGUACACAGCUCUAAUGAUACAGGUGGUUGCCAUGUUUGUAAGUUACUCCGGACCCAUCAAACAGAAACCCACCAGACACUUACACUGGAAACAGAGACACUUAUCUGUAUACAAAACAAAGUUGCUGUGAACAAUAAUUUUGUUAAUCAGGGCCCACUUGCAGAAAGCGAUCUUAGUGCUAAGAUGAUCGUAACUCCCAUACUUGAACAUAGGCUUACUAUAGUCUUAGCGCUAAGAUCGUUUUGUUCAAGUGGGCCCUGGACUAUUGGGAAUGCUAUGAUACUCAUUAAGGGUUUCACUGUAUUUGAUAUUAGUUUUGUACAUUGGCACACUAUGAUAUAGAAGGGGGCAUGGGUGGCCCAGUCGUCUAAGGCGCUGCGAUUCGCUGUGCAGAGUUGCUUCCCUUGGGCAUGCCAGAAACUUAUGAUUGCGGGUUCGAAUCCCGGUUCCCUCGAUUAUGUUUCUAGGUUUGUCAGCACCAUACCUGUGCUUGUGGGUUUCACCAAAGUGGUUAACGUCUGAGACCUGUAUCACUUCGGGCUUUCCUCCAAUAUUAAGCUGACAUGGCAAGAUAUAACAGAAAUUCUGUUAAAAGCCAUCUUAAACCCAACUCACUCACUCACUCACUUUGAUGUAGAAGAAUUAAAACAAAUGCUAUCAAGCCAUAUUUCAUCAUCAGGUGUUUUUUUUAGCUGGUUUACGGUUGUGCCAACCCAAAGUGCUGAGAAAAAGGGGUAAAAAGCAACAACUAAAAUCAUUUUCACAGAUAUUUUGUCACCCCUGACCCGAAUAAAGAAACACGAGAAUACAAAAUAUUUGUAAACGAUCUUGCAACCCAGUAACAAAACGAAUUUGCCAUCAAUCAAAUCAAGCAUUUCUCACACCUUGUAUUUUAAAAUGUGUUGUAUUUUUUUUAUUUAGUCAUGAUUUAAAAGAACAAGUUCCAUAGUCAUAGUUUUAAGGGGCAAAGUCCAAAAUCACACAAAUUUCAUGUCAGAGUUGAAAAAACCCUGAAAUAUAGAAAUGUUCUUACAAUUUUUAUUGAAGGAUUUGAUUUCACAAAUUUUGUGUUCCAUGUCGCAAAGAACAGGAUUUAUGUCCUUACAUCCUUACAUAUAUUUUGAUGUUUUUUUUAUUUGAGUGGGAUUACAUGAUGAAUAGAUACAUAAAUAUUUUUAUUUAACAUUUUCAUAUUUUAUCAGGUCUUAUUUAUAGGGACUGGGCAUUUAUUUUAGGUAUGUGUGAGAGAAAUUAAGGGGGAAGGGUCAUGGAAAAAUGACAGCGAAAGAGGGGACUCGCCAAUAUUAAUGAUAUAUAUUAUGAAAUAUAUGACCGGUCCCUUACAAUCAAAGAUACUUCAGUGUAAAUAAGUGGCACAGUGACAUGGUAAUUGUCUCUUGUUUAUGAGGGUCAUAGUGAGGUGAGUUCUCCACGUUUAGGACAUAUUGAUAUUGAAAUGAUAACAUGAACAACAUGGUAUACGAGUGGUUCUUGCACAUGUAGAUAACAGGUGUAUUUAGCAGGACAGAGUGACUCAUUUGUAUCGAAUGUGUCAACAGCACUAUUCUGAUAAUAGCUACUUGCCAAUCGAAAUAGAUAUUGUUAGCUUUGGCUCUUUAUUUAUAUGCAUAUCAGUUAUGUUUGCAACAUGCUUGGCAUAAUCACAAACUGCUACAUUUGUUUGAAGGUUGCUGGAAUUGUCAUGUGAUGGAGAUGAAAUAAACAUUCAACAGCCAUA